UAUUUUUCACAUGAAAAUCAUUAAUAAAACUCUAAUCUGUCCAUGUAUGUCUGCAACUGCACGGAUUAAUACGUCACGCAACGCGUGCAUAUAUGAUCCAUUGAAGAAAUUAAAGUAAUAAUAAGCUUUAGUGGCUGUAAAUACAUGAGCAAAGUACUACAUAGUUCAUGGCCAUAAUCCACAUGAUUUUCCUUAGAUAACUUUUUAUGCUUAUGUCCACUACUAUCUUGUAUCUUCACCUCCCUAUAUAAGACCUGGCUGCACACUCCCCUUCCCAUCUCAUUUUGCACUACUUUUAACUCUCUAAACCCAUUUCAUUUUCAUAAUCAUUUCCAGUUAAGCUACACUUUCGAAUUUCCGAAUAUUUCGUUCUUCUACGACUUCAAUCUAAAACCAUGCAGUCUAAUGAAGUUACAGGACUUCAAUAUUUAGCUCCUUCAAACCAAAGUCCAUACCCCUACUUUCCUGGUAUGGCACAGAAUGAUAUAUCCCCAUUGCAAAUCAAUAAAUACACCAACCUAUUAUACAAUCUCCAGAUUGGAUCACAACUUCAAGAAUUCACUCCACAUCCAUCAUGUUUUAGCAGCAACUCUACAUCUGAUGAAGCUGAUGAGCAGCAGCUGACUAUUAUCAAUGAGAGGAAGCAGAGAAGGAUGAUAUCCAACAGGGAGUCUGCACGUCGAUCACGUAUGCGCAAGCAGAGACAUUUGGAUGAGCUCUGGUCCCAGGUUGUUUGGCUCAGAAAUGAGAAUCACCAGCUCAUUGAUAAGCUAAAUCAUGUCACAGAAAGCCAUGAUCGCGUCCUUCAAGAGAAUGUUCAACUCAAAGAAGAGACUUCAGAACUUCGUCAGAUGGUAACUGACAUGCAACUCAGCAGUCCUUACUCCACUCUCAGAGAUUUAGAGGAGGUUGCUAAUGCAGCCUACCUUGGAGAGGAAUCACCAAACUAAUCCAAAUGUUCCAUUGGUUUCGCUACCGCCUCUAGGACAACUAUGAUUUUAGAUUUUUGUUCCCAUUGCUGCUCCUUCAUUGGGUUAGGUCAAUUAGUCAUUGUCUAUGCCUCUUUUAAGCUAAGCUAUAUCCCAUUCAAGAAAAUCUAGUGCUGGCAAGAAUACAUCUAGAGCAUUUCUGCCACUAUCAUACAUAUAAUGAGUUAUCUCAUUCUCUUUUAUAGCUCUUGUCAAUAAAAUCUGAGUUUAACAAAA